CCCGUCCACUAGCUGCGUGAAUAAUCAUUUUGGAAACAUGACAUGAUGGCGGCGAGAGCGUCGUCUGCGUUGGUUUCUGUUGAUUUUGAGAUAUUUGGCAAAGUUCAGGGUGUGUUCUUCCGAAGAGAUACAAAGAGGACAGCUGAUCUCUAUGGGCUGGUAGGCUGGGUGAGGAACACCAAGAGAAGCACAGUCGAGGGUCAUGCACAGGGACCUAAUGACAAGAUCAAGCAAAUGAAGACUUGGCUUCAGACUAAAGGUAGUCGUCGAUCACACAUCGAAAAGGCAGAUUUCAAGAAUCAGAAAACGAUUGAAAAAUUGGACUAUACAGAGUUUAAAAUAAUCAGAUGAACGUUGAUAGCCACAGUAUUACUUUGUAGAUAAAAUUGUGUACAUUUUGCCUUGUAUGUGGAGUUAAAGUUAUACUUUCUUUUUGUUUGUGAGGGCAUGAGACUUCUAUAUUUUACGUAUUCAAAUGCAUUAUUUAUUGAGUAAUCUAACCAUUCAAUGUGCGUUUUAAAGUACAUGUAGUCAACUUGAAUUGUAUUAACUGCAGCAGUUUAUACAGUGACUUUCUUGAUGAGGGCCUUGUAUCAUUAUUUUUUGAAACUAUAUGUACCUGCACCAUGCAUCUUGUUAAGAGUGCUGGUGUGGACAAAUCCAUUGUACCAAAAAUACCUGGUUUUAUCUGCCAAUUAUUGCAAACCUAAUGAAAUUAUCUUGGGAACUACAUGUAAGAACCAUUGAUAUGGAAAAUUUGAUUCCAUCAAAAUCCUUGAUGGGGUUAAAAUCUCAAAAUAUGUGUACGUUUUUCCAAGUACCAAAACAAGGUACAUUUAACAGGCAAAUAUGCCGCCAGUUUCCAUUUUAGACAUGUACAUACAUUUGUAGCAAAAUGAAAAUGUGGACAGUCAUAAACUGGAUGUUGAAACAAACAGGAGGGAUAACUGUAUGGCAGGAUGUACUUGAUUCCAUACCGUGUUUUCCACUUCUAUGACAGGAUGCAAUGUAUAUGUCUAAAGCAAACAUAAAAUGUUAACAAAUGGAAAGUGAAAACUUGCUUUGUUUACGACACUCUUUUCAGUAAGCCCAAUUGUGUAAUACAUGUACAAUGCCUGUCAAGCCCAUAAUUUUCUCAUAAAUUGUCUUUAUUGAUGUUAAACAUUAAUGCUUUUUUAUUUUGAGGGGUAUUCCAUCUAACAGAAGGUGAGGCUUACAUGUAUACGACAAGUGUAAUGGAAGCCUCUCACUGCCAGACUGGCACUCCACAUUGUGUUUAGAGCAAAACAGUAAACCCGAAUAAAAUCUGGUUACAGAUGUGCACUUCCAUGUUCUAAUUUUGAG